UGAAAAAUGUAUGCCUUUAAAAUGAAAUUUUAAUUUGAAUUUUACUUUCUUUCAAUAAUCUGCGCCAUUAUCAUAGUCGAAUGGGCAGUGUCAGUGAACGUUACUAGUAAUGAUUUAGUUUUGACAGUUGGUAGUAAAAGCCAACUAUUCGUAAAGGGAAGGUACUUCCAAAGGUACUUCUGCUGCUGAAGAACUGUCAAAGUGAUUUCUGAAUUUUGAGUGUCGGUCGGCUUUUUUUGACAAUGGCAACUAAAUUGGAAGCUAUCUGGAAAGAGUGUACCGAAGAUUACCCUAGUGCCGUCACGGAAUCUUGGUGGACCAAUAUAGUUGGAAAAUACAGCGAGGAAUCACGAAAAUUCCACAAUUUGCAACACUUGGAGGAUAAGAUGACUCACUUUGAAUUUGUCAGGAAUGUCCUAAAAAAUCCAAAGGCUAUGGCUUUAGCCAUUAUCUUCAACUAUUAUGAAUAUGAUCCCAAAUCUGUUGAUUGUGAGGCUAGAAACAUAGCCAUGUUUGACAAGUUUGCUGAAGAUGCAGAAAUUCCCAAUGAAUCAACUCUGCAUCAGGAGGUAGUCUCUCUUCUUCAAGCUAAUGCUACCCAUAGCACAGAUGAACACAAAACUGGCGGCAUGUUUGGAUCAGAUGACCAUCAUUAUUUUCUUGACAUAGACAUGACUCCUCUGGGAGGAGAACCAGAAGACUAUGCUCUCUACUCAUCUAAAAUUCAACAAGAAUAUGGUCCCAUGCCUGCAAAUCAGUAUCGCACUUUUCGCCUCCGUGUUCUGGAGACAUUUCUUCAGAUACCAAACAUAUUUGCCACCAAAGAAUUCCGAGAAAAGUUUGAGGGCCAAGCAAGGUUGAACAUUGCAAGAGAGGUAGACAGCUUAAAGGCAUAAAAUUUAAUUUAUUUUUGUUUUACAGGUCACAAAUUAAGAAAUUUAGCUUUGCAGUGUGUACUGCUAGCCUUGCCAAGUAUUCUCUUACUCAUAAAAGUGAUAAAGUGUACGUGGUUCUGUGAGGCUCUCUAAAAAUAUGUAUGACCGAAAGGUUACUUAGCAGGUUGUGUAGUGGAUCAGACUUAUUUCUGCUUUAGCUGUGUUAGUAUUGUCUGUGUCAAUUAUUUCCUGCAUCUAUUGCUCAGCGCUUAUAAAGAUAACUUGAACCAAGUACAGAUAUUUUUUUGUCUAAACGAGUUGCUGCGUCAGAAACACUCUAAUUUUUUCCAUUCGCUCAUUGUCUCUGGCUAUAUAAAACAAAUUAUGAUUGAGACCAAAUACUUUUAUUUUUUAGCAUCUUCACAAAACAACUGCAAACUGUGCAUCUUUUGAGUUUAUUCUUUCAAUAUUUUUGUCCCUGUAAGUUCAAGAUAGUGUGUGUGUACUGUAACUCAUUUGUUUGUGAUAAUUAUUUUUUAUUUCUUACCUACUAGUUUAUGUAUGAAGUAUUUCGAUUUGUGUUUUGAAAUCAGCCCCCAAUGAUGGCUGGCUCAAGUCAUAUCCUUUGCUAGUCAUGUACGUGAUAUGAGAUUAUGUUCCUCUGCUAUUUAUUACGUUCUUGCCUUUCUUUUGCUCUUUUUAUAUUUCCGUCCAUGUAAGUCUGCAAGGAUAACCAUUAUAUUGUAUUUAUCAUUUAAUCUAUAUUUUUAAGUAUUUGUGUUGUGAUUUGUGUUGUGUUUUUGUAUUAGUUCCUGUAAAACCUGCAUAAUUUUCUGUUAACAACUACUUAUAUUUUUUUAAAGAUGGCUAUCAUUCCAGUUUCAUUGGCAGUGAUACUAGUAUAUUUUAUUGACUUGAGUCAGACAUCUUUAGCCAACUCUCAUGUUUUUAUGUUAUGUUUUUAUUUCUUUUAUUGUAGUAUUUAAGAGUGUACACUUGCUUUUGUCUGCUGUGCAACUGUAUGUGUAUGUGUGUAUUUGUCCGUGUCGUAAAACCAAUACAUGAGGUGUCAAUGG